AAAAUUCCCGCUCCCGCCGUGUAACGACUUGUUGAAACUUGUCAAAAGUGCUUCUGCUAUUUCCAAUUUCUUUUCCCCAUUAUUCAUUCCUAUUUCCGUAUUUUGGAAUCAAAAAGAAUAACACAACAGUCUUUAAAGCAGUCCAAUAAGUAUACUUGAUUAUUUCCUCAACAUGUGGAAUGAUCAAUCUGCAGUCGGCGGCGGGUUUUUCAACUCUCCUAACCAAUUCGGAAACGUUAACACCCCAAACCAGGCACAGAAAACAGGUCGUAGAGCAUCACGAACAGCACCAAUUGUGAUAAGGCAGGCUCUCCACUGUGGUGACGAUGGGGUGAAGAUAUGGGGAACAGAAAUCCAGAUUGUUUCCAUUGUGGCUCGUGUCAGAAACAUUAGAAUGCAAAGUACCAAAAUUACAUACACAAUACAAGAUAUAACAGGCAGGAUGAGAGCUGUGCUAUGGCUGGACCAGGAAGCAGCUGAUGAUGAUGAUAAGGCCACACCAAAGGUACAAGUGAAUGACUACAUACAAGUUUAUGGGUCUGUGAAGACCAACAAAGGAAAGAAAGUAAUAAUGACAUUCAAAAUAAUGCCAAUAACAGAUGUUAAUGCAAUCACAUUCCACUAUCUACACUGCAUCCAAAAUAGGCUGAAAAUGGAAGCUGACUCUAAGAAGGAAAAGAAGGAUAACAAUAACUCAGCAUUCACAAGUGGGUUGCCAGCAAAUUCCAUGGUUGGAGUGACAGAAAAUGCUGGACCAGUGAAUGGCCUCAACCCAAGACAAAUGAUGGUGUUCAAUCUUAUAAGAGCUUCUACCAUGGAGCAGGGUAUCAGUAAAGAGGAUAUGUAUGCAAAUGUGAAGGAUCGCAUGUCUCAUGUUGAGUUUGAGAAUAUCUUGGAGUGGAUGUGCUGUGAAGGUCAUAUCUAUUCCACAAUUGAUGAAGAACAUUAUCGUGCUACAGAUGCUUUCUAAGGAUUUUGGCUGCCUUUGUUACACAAUUCUCUUAAUUACUGUUAAACAUAUAUUAUACCACCAAACACUGUUUAGUUUUUAAUUAAUUAAAAAGUCCUAUUGGAAAAA